UUUAUUUCACAUAGAUAUUGUUAAAUAUUUGCAACUGUGAUGAGACUAUAAUAAAAUAAAAGGCAAAAGGUACGUUAAGGACAAAUAUUUAAAUGUAUAUAUGAAUUAUUGGAAACUUUAGUUGUACUCGUUAAGAAAGUUCAUUAGGUUUGUUAAAUUACAAGAACAUAUAAAAUACUAUAUACGAUGCUUCAGUGUACGUAAAUGUUUCAUUUUUUUCAUCCUUUUUAAAUAGAAUAUAAAGAAAAAAUUAUCCAUUAUUCUUUGUUUGGUUCUCUUAUUCUUCUUCUUUCUUUCCAUUAUUUUUUAUACAUUAGGUCCAAAUCGUUGUAAGAUAUUCCAUAAAAGUUUUUCCCUUUCUAUAUAUCAUCUCUCAUAUGUUUCCACUCUUUUUUUGUCUCUUUAAAGGGAAUAGAAAAGACUUGAAACGAUUUUUAUAUUUGGUCUUUUUUGGUCUAUAGAAAUUAUAUGGAAUAUAAGAUAAAUGACUGGACGAAACAGUUUAUUUAUUUGAUUUGAAAAGCAAAUCUCUUAGAUAAAAAAAAACCGUUAUAUAGAAUAAAUACACUAUUUAAAUAUUAAUCUGAUUGUUUCUGCCAUAUAUUUUUUUACAAGUACAAACUUCCGUCCGUCUCUUUCUUGUCUAUACAUUAUAUAAUCAUAACCAUGAAAUAAUGAUUUCAUCCCAUUUACCAAUAAAAAUGUAUCGUACUCUUAAUACGGCUAUUCUCCUUAAACGAAAGAUGAGUCAGUAAAAGGAAGGUGAAAAGGGAGUUUAUUUAUAGAUUUAACAUUUCUGUUUAUGUUUAGUAAGAGAAUUCGUGAAUAAAAAACACAAAUAUUGGAAUCAUAGAAUAACCGAAACUUGUAUACAAACAGUAUAUAGUUAAAAAAAAAAUAAAAAAACAACUGAAUGAGCUAAAACUGGCAAGUAUUUAACGAUUUAAAAGAUCGAGGCUGCCAGCGCCACACAACUUAGCAUCCAGCCACUAUUCGGUUGACAAUCGAUUCAGACAACAUCGACUCUACUAAAUUUUGUACAAUUUGAAACAAAAGAAGAUUAACAAAGUCAACGAUUAGAAUUGUUUUAACUAGUCUAAACAACAUACCAUUUUAAAGAAACAGUCAUGGGAUUCGGAUCUAUGGGAUGCGGCACGAAAUGUGCAAAAUAUAUUCUCUUCUUCUUCAACAUCAUCUUCUUUGUAAGUAAAUUAUUGUGUUUUUUAUUAUUUAGAAAUUAUUACAUUACAUAUGUUUAGGCUAUGUUUAUUUAGCAGAGAAAAACAAUAAUAACAACAGUACGCUCUAACGUUCAAUUUCUAGGUUAAAGUAGGAAAUACGAAAUAAUUUAUUUAUAGUUCUUAGCUUUUCUUUACAAAUCUUUACCUCCUUCACUCUCUGUUACUUUCACUAUUAUAUUCUCUCCCUUUCCCGUUUUCUCUCUUUGUGCUCCUUAUCUUUGCUACAGCGAGCACACCUGUAAAUUUUUGAGUUUUUGCUGUGUACUGGUGGCGCUCUAACCUUGAGUUGACUCUGCGAACGUAGGUAACGCAUAAAGAUUUAGUCAUUUUCUUUACCUUUUACAUACCUUAUGAAAGGCGAAAGGAGGAGUUUUAUGAUAAUGAUUCAUAAGAAUAUGGAUAUUAGUGUAUCUCUUCUACAUCAUUUUAUUCAUAUAUGGUCGAACAUAUUUUAUAGCCGUAUAGGCUUAUUUCUUAUCUCCUAGUUAGAAAACAAUGGUAUUUUGUUGCAAUAUGAAUAAACACUAUUAACUGGGCAGAACAGCAUAAUUGCUAUUUCCAGUAAUAUUUUUAAAUUAAUUGUACAUUGAUUAUUUGUGCGGCACAUGGACACAAUAACCGAUAGAUGGCGCUAUUCUUAACAGAUUGCCGGGGCGGCUCUUCUAGGCGUUGGAAUUUGGAUGAAAGUAGAUAAAAACUUUAACAAGUACUUGGAUGUAAUCAAGAUUGAUAAUAACGAGAAAACAAUGCAGGCUGCUAUUAUUUUGGUUAUAGUAAUUGGAGCAAUUAUUUUCUUGACUGGAUUCUUGGGAUGCUGUGGAGCAAUCCAAGAAAGUUCUUGCCUACUGAUGAUGUAUGCUUUCAUCAUGGGUCUUCUUCUACUUGCGGAAAUUACAGCUGCGAUUCUAGCUGCAGUGUUUAGAAAAGAACUUGGCAAUGCACUGAAAGAAAACAUGCAGAAGUUUGCAAAUACCACAAUGAAACCCUUAGAACCAACAAAUAAUGAUGUAACUGUUCUGGCCUGGAGUAGCAUGCAAAAUAAACUAAAAUGUUGCGGCUCACACUCGUAUACAGAUUACAAUAACAAUCCCAAUUUCGAAAAUAGAAACCAUAAAUAUCCUCAAAGUUGCUGCAGCAACAAGAAAGAAAGUACCGAAAAACCCGACGAUCCAAACAGUCAAGAAAUGAGAGAUUGUUUCAAUGAUUUUGAAAAUAAUAAUAUUUCUUACAAAGACGGAUGCUACGAUGCAUUGAAAAAGUGGGUUGAGGAUAGAGCCGCAAUUUUAAUUGGUAUUGGAGUUGGUAUAGCCGUUAUACAGAUUCUCGGAAUUGUUUUUGCAUGUUGCGUAAGAAAUGCUGUAAACAAGAAAGAUGUUAUGGCUUAA